UCUUCAUUAGCCCCGCCCGCCCGCCUCGCGCUGAGAUACAGAUCCGCUGUCCCACUCGCACACACUCUGACCCUGACACACAAACACACACGCGCACAUACACACCCACACGGAGCGGGACUGAGCGGAGCUGCGUGCCCGGAGAGGAGGACUGAUGACCGGCAGACGAUGGGACGGCACGUGUCUCUGAACAAACUGUGUUAACUGAAGGAAGCUGAAGCAUCUCUGCGCGCCACAGGAGGACGAGUUAACCGAUCACUAGAGGUUGCUGCAUACUCAGAGGUCAAAGGUCAUCAUGCAGAGUAUCAAGUGUGUGGUGGUGGGUGACGGUGCUGUGGGGAAGACCUGUCUCCUCAUCUCCUACACCACUGGAGCUUUCCCAAAAGAGUACAUCCCCACUGUGUUCGACAACUACAGCAGCCAGGUGACAUUGGACGGCAGGACCAUCAGUCUGAACCUGUGGGACACUGCGGGUCAGGAGGAGUACGACCGGCUGAGGACGCUGUCGUAUCCGCAGACCAAUGUCUUUAUCAUCUGCUUCUCGAUCUCAAGCCCCGCCUCCUACGAGAACGUCAAACACAAGUGGCACCCUGAGGUGUACCAUCACUGCCCCGGGGUCCCCAUCCUGCUGGUCGGCACAAAGAGUGACCUUCGGAACGACGGCGACACUCAGAGGAAGCUGAAGGAGCAGAACCAGACGCCUGUCACCCACCACCAGGGCACCGCCCUCGCACGCCAGAUCCAGGCCAUCCGCUACCUCGAAUGCUCCGCCCUCAACCAGGACGGCAUCAAGGACGUGUUCGCCGAGGCCGUGAGGGCUUUCCUUAACCCACAGCCAGCCGUCAAAAAGAAUCCCUGCGUCCUGCUGUAGGACCAAACCAGACCAAACUGGAUCAAACCGGACCAGACCCAUUGAUUCUGUGGCUGUUGAGUCUGACAGACUGUUUGAAAUGUUAAGCAAAAAAUUUGUGGAAGGAUAAGAGGAGGUCUUUUUAUGCUCUGAGUUUGAAUCACAGCGGAGGGACGGGUCCUGGACUCUCAUCCCGAAGCAACUCUGGUUUCGUGUUCAGUCCAAAUUUUCACCCUGUGAGCUUGUGUACAUUUCACUGCAGGUUCAUGGGUGCUCACCCCAGGUCUCGAAAUUUAACAUUGUUCUCUCUGAUACCCAUGCACCAAACGUUACCGCCUCUGUGUUUUUAUUUAAUGUCGACCCUCCUCCAUGAACUGUGUCUGGAUGAACUCUCCUGCUGCUUCCAGCUACAUGAGGCUGACCAGAGUCCAGUUUGAUGAUCUGUUGUCUCAGAUCAGGAUUUUCUCUGAUGGAAACCAAAUACCAGAGGUCUGUUUCAGCUGUGGAGUGUCUGUCCAUUGGUUUCCACUGAGUCUCAGUUUCACUGUAUCUAACAAGUCACACUAAGGACCGAAUCUGCCUUACUAUAGCGCUAUGAAGCCAAAUAAACAGAUGCUACAGUGACUUAAUGACAAUAAACAAAUGUUACUGUGAUUUAACGAUAAUAUAAACAGACAUUACUGUGAUUAAAUGAUUAUAUAAACCGGCUCUAAGGAUGCUGAAGUAACUCUAUCAGGAUGAGGAUUUUAAUAACUCUGAAUUCAGGGUUUGUUGGGUCUGUUUACAAGACGACGAUACAGAAAUGUUGAAAUGCUUGUUUUUUAAAUUGAGUUUGGUUUGACUGUUUCUGAUUGUUUUGCUUUAAAUAAGUGUAUGAGCAUGCUACGUGCAUUUUUGUUCCCUUUUGGACUGAACACAUCCUGGAUGUUGCAGUGAAUGAACGCCUUUAAGAAAUAAUUAAAAUCUUAUUUAACAACA